GGCGAUUCGAAGCAACAACACCCGCUCCCAUUGGCUCGCUGGACUCCCACGAGGGGUCGCAUGCCAAAGCUUUGCGAGAGGCUUUAUUGUUUCUUCGCUUUCGGGAUCGGAGAUUUCGCGUUUUCCGUCCGCUCGCUUCUUCAAUCAAACACGGGAAAAUGGCCGGUGGCAAAGCAGGAAAAGACAGCGGCAAAGCCAAGGCGAAAGCAGUGUCCCGCUCCCAAAGGGCUGGACUGCAGUUCCCAGUGGGUCGUAUCCACAGGCACUUGAAAACCCGCACAACCAGCCACGGUCGUGUAGGAGCCACAGCAGCUGUGUACAGCGCUGCUAUCCUCGAGUACCUCACCGCUGAAGUACUAGAGUUGGCGGGCAACGCCUCCAAAGACUUGAAGGUGAAGCGUAUCACUCCCCGUCACUUGCAGCUCGCCAUUCGUGGUGACGAGGAGUUGGACUCCCUCAUCAAGGCAACUAUUGCUGGAGGAGGUGUCAUUCCCCACAUCCACAAAUCCCUCAUCGGGAAGAAGGGCCAGCAGAAGACUGCAUAGACGCCAUGUUGACCAGAAGUGUUGGGGCUUGGGCUUUGAUCGGACCAGGAGUUCACAUUUGUUCUUUUUUAUUAAUAUUAUAGCAAACGAAGAGUGAUUGUUAGGCUUUGUGUUGUUAUAUUUUCCCAUAACUAGAAAAAGUACAGUAAACCCCUUAACGACAAAAAAACAACCCUUUGUAUGUUAUUGUAGAACGUUUGACUGGGGGAGUUCGUGAUUAUUUUAAGUGGUGACAGUGAAUUUGUUCGAUUGGCCUGGGACUCUGUAAUGUUUUAUACUGAAAAAAGAAAUUGUUAAACCAUUUUUUAUAUAAAAAAAAAACACUUGCUUUGUGGUUAUUUUCUUGAAGUUACGAUAUUUACUAUAAUACAAGUUUUUAAGGAGAACAGAUUUUUGAACAGAAAAUUAGUGAACAGCUAACUGAGAUGGUGCUUAUUUUUCCUUUUGACUCACUGUAAUCUUUUGAACUGCACAACCAUAGUGUUGUAUUAAAAUAAUUUUUUACAUUAAAAUGGAAAAACCCUCA